AUGUAGAACAUGCAUUCCAAAAAGCAAAACAAAGCACGCAUUUUUAAGAUGUCUACAGUACAGCUGAUAGUAUUUAAUGGACGUUCUUGCUAGUCGUCGACUCAAAUAGAAGGUAAACGUUUUGAAGUGCAAGCGAAAGAUCAGAUAAUCUGAUCUCGUUUAACAACCAAAUUUGAAGAUGGCGGCUGGCCUCUUGGCUUGGCUUUGCCUGGGGUUGACGCUCCUGGCACCGGUAGCCUGGUCCCAAAGAUGUAGCCCUCCAACCUGGCAGGGCGAGGGGCUGGGGGAGAACCCCGUGGCUGCCAACAGGGGCAAGGUUGUGCUGGUAGCCCUGAUGAAAGGCUACUGUAGCUACUGCGUCAGCCAGGCCAGAAAACUGGAGGCUCUAAAAACCCGUCUGGCCAGCAUCAACAUGCCGGACAUUGCCAUGUACAUCGUGAACGGGGGGGAGGAGAUCUCCCGCAGCCAGAUCUCCAACCUGGUGGUGGCCAGCAGCAUCCCCGUCCUGCAGGACACGGCAGAGCACGUUAUGUUCCGGUCAAUCUUCAGGGGGAAUAAGGAUGAUUUCAUCGUGUAUGACAGGUGCGGACAGAUGGCUGUCGCCAUCCGCCACCCCUACAGUCACGUGGACAAUGGCGUCACGGAGCGCGUGCUGAAGGCCGUGUAUCGAGGGCCGACACACCUGUUAUUGUUCCCUGGACACCAACAGACGGACACCACGUGACCUCUCGUCCAAUCGGCGACAAGCACGCCGGAGGCUCUGAGACUGCUCCGGCAUCAGGCCUGACCCCUGUGGUGCAAGAAACCGACCCACAGGUGCCGGUGCCCGCGACAGAACUUCAGCCCCCAGUGCGUCUGCACCCGCCCCGUCCACGGGAUCGGCAACGACGUCCUGGCCUGGCACUGCGGUUGCCGGGACCCGACCUUUGAGACCCGGGCCUUCUGCGAUCACUGUCACCGCUGUGACAACAGCCGCGCGUGCCGUGACGUGGCGAGCUGGCCAGGUGACAACAGCGCUGCCGCUGCCUGAGCGAGGGGGACGACCGGGGACAGGCGGACCCGACCACCUGACAGUGACAGGAUGCGUCUGGCGUCGUCGUAGACUGACAGGAUCAGCCCGUGGGGGCCCACGGCUGUCAGGGUUUGACAAGACGGCACCACGGUCACGUGGACAGUGAUCCAACGGGUACGCUCAGUGACCUUGACCCAACGACGAGACAACCUGACCCUGACCUAACGGUGAAAACAGUCCUGACCUUGAUCGAAUGGACGAACAGCCUGACAGUAAAGCAAUGAGCCAAUCCCCUGACCUAAUCAGUAAAUAACUUAGCCAUGAUAUAUCAUAAAUCCUGAACAUAGAGGUGUUGGCAUUGCUCAAUCCUAAACACAACAGAUAACAUUAUGCAUAGCUAAGCGAAAAACGUCUUGGCCAAUACCUUAUAUAGAUAAACUUUAAUCUAAAACAAGAAACAACAUGUAUCAAAACUGCUUAAUCUUAAUUUACAUAUACUAUAUUUAAAUGAUGAAAUUUUAAGAUGACGUUGAUAGGUCGAGUUAGUUAAUGAAGACGUCGUUGUUAAAAUAAAAUGACUUGAAGAAAUAAACCUCAUGACUGUUGACUAUUGACUGGAAUUCCCCACUUGACUUUGGCCACUUUUCUGGCCUCUCGGUAAACCGGAACUAAUGAAAAUAUCUGGCUAAACCUAACGGAGUAGGAUGUGUUGAACAUUUUCCGGAAAAUUUUCCGAGCGCCAGAUCGGUGGCAGUAGAUUUUCUGUAUGCAAAAACCGGGAAAUCUAAAGUGCUUUGUCAUGCCGCCUUUUGUUCACAAACAUAACAAACAAGUUUUGAUGCUUGUAUCGAACCUCUCAAAACCUUUUUAGACAGAACACCUAAAUUUUUUUUUGAAAGCUACAAUUGGCAUGUGACAUUUGAAACGGAACAAAAGUUGUCAUGACUUUGACACUAUGUACAGUGAAACUAAGUGUAUAUGACUUUUGAUAAAGGAAUUUAAAAUAUUAAACGAAUAGUUUCUCAACUUCCAA